AUGAAGGAGGUUGAUGGUAGGACUUGUGGAACUGAGGAGGUUGAUGACAAUUUUGGUGGAGUAGAGGAGGUCAACUGCAGUGCUAAACCUGGAGAAGGGGUUGAUGGCAGUGCUGGUGAGGCCGAGGGGGUCAGCUGCAGUGCUACCUCUGGAGCAGAUGAGGUCAGUGCUGCGCCUGGAGCAGAGGAGGUUGAUGGCAGUGCUGCUGUGGCCGAGGAGGUCAGCUGCAGUGCUACGUCUGGAGCAGAUGAGGUCGGUGCUACGUCUGGAGCAGAGGAGGUUGAUGGCAGUGCUGGUGAGGCCGAGGAGGUCAGCUGCAGUGCUACGUCUGGAGCAUAUGAGGUCAGUGCUGUGCCUGGAGCAGAGGAGGUUGAUGGAAGUGCUGGUGAGGCCGAGGAGGUCAGCUGCAGUGCUACAUCUGGAGCAGAUGAGGUCAGUGCUACGUCUGGAGCAGAUGAGGUCAGUGCUGCGCCUGGAGCAGAGGAGGUUGAUGGCAGUGCUGGUGAGGCUGAGGAGGUCAGCUGCAGCACUGGAGCUUCCCGCUCAGUCGUUUCUGAUGGAGCAAAUAAAUGGUCUGGGAAAAUGUCUCUAUUAAAAGGAUAUAUUCCAGUGUUCAAGAAACCGUUGAUAGCCGUUUGCAUUACAGCUGCUCGAGGAAAUGCUCUGCUCAUUAGCUGGCCAAUCUGA